UUCCCACCAGCAGCCGCAGCCAAGGCCAGGGCAAGCACCAAGCUCGGUGCUGGGCAUGCGGCUCUUCUCUGGGCAACGUCCCCAGCAGGAGCUGGCUGCGUCACCACCGCGGCGCCAGCAGCCCGUCCCCUCCCGCAAGGCUGCAAAAGCAAAUGGCCGAGCGAGCGUGUCCGUCUGUCCAGGGCUUCGCUCGCUCUCGGGCAGCCAUAGCCGUGGCUGCCGCCCUCCUUGGCCUCGCGGUGCUGCUGCCCGCAGCCGCCUUCCCCUGCGGAGCCCCACACCUGCACCACCCAGAGAACACCACAGCAUCGAAGCUGCUGGGGACGUGGCUGUACGUGGCUGGGGCUGCUCAGUUCCCCCAGCACCUCCUGGAGAUGCUGCUCAUCGACCACGGCCACCUCCAUGUGGAGCCCUACACCGGCGAGCAGGAGCUGCUCAUGACCCAGCACGUGGCCGUGGGGGACCAAUGUCUCACCAACAACUCCACGUACUUUGAAAUCGCCGCCGGUAAUACCACACUGGUGAAGCACGCCAAGACCCAUCAAACCUUGGGGACACUGAUGAACUCCAGCUCUGAAGACGUUUUACUCAUCCAGUACCAACUGCAGAUGGAAAGGACAUAUUUAGCACUGUAUCUCUAUGCCCGAAACCUGAGCGUGAGCACAGCCCACCGGGAAGAGUUCGAGCGCCAGGCCAAGUGCCUUGGGCUGAGCGAAGAGGGGAUCGUGUACGCGCCGUGGAAAACAGAGCUCUGUCAAGUGAAAGAAAUUGAAAAAGGAAACCACCCAUGCACGGACCGCAUGGCUGCAGUCACAGCAUCGCCUCCGCCGGGUACCCACCAGCCUGGGAGCAGGGGUAACUGAUGCCACGUUAAUAAACGUUUCCCUCAGGUCCUCACAGGGAGGAUCCUUCCCGGUGUCAGUGCCCUUGGUGAGAAUUAUCCCAGGAAGAGUCUGGCCACAAACAGCACCAAUAAACCGUAUUGAGAAAGAGAAGCAGA